AUUAUCUCAGUGAGGUUGGAAGGGUCAGUCUGGCCAGUUGAGGUGGGGAGGGGAUACCACUAACCUCCCCAGCAGUCCGACUGACAAGCGCCACCCCUUCCUCAUUGGCAUCAGUGUGUCACCAUGGUGACGCUCAUCACAGAGCAGCUCCGCAGACAGAAUCUGGAGGAGCCCCCUUAUCGCAGGGCUUUCUCUCUUAAUGUGUCGUUGCCUGAAGUGGGCUCUAGCCCUACGGUGUGUUGGCGCGGGUAUGGGUUGACUCCAGAGAGCAGUUGGUCUAUGUUCCCAUCCUCCAAGACCCAUCUGCAGGAUGCAGCCUCUGUCCUGUCCUCCCUGGACCCCCUAGGAACCCCUCUCCCCAGCACCUCUGCGACAAACAUGUCCCUACAGAACUCCCCGCCGCUGCCCCCUCCUCCCCCCAAACGCCACUGUCGCUCCCUGUCCGUCCCUGAGGACCUGUCCCGCUACCGCACCCCCUGGCGCCCCAGCGCCUCCAAGAUCUGGACCCCCGUCAAGCGCCGUUGCCACAGUGGUGGGGGGGUGGCCGGCAUGGGAGUUGGCUCCUUGGUGGGCUCCGUACCCCUCCGAGGCCCCAGCUCCUCCCUCACCUCCUCCCUGCACUCCUCCUCCAGUCCUACCUUCUUCAGCCUGGCCCUGUCCCCGGACUCCCCUAUCCCUUGGAGUGUUUCCUGGGACCACUAUGACCCGCCCAGGGAGAGCUGCACAGGCUUAUUCCCCUCUUCCUGCUCCUCCUCCCCGGCCACGCUGAGUUCCUGUCGGCCCCUGCAGCAGCGCCGCUUCUCCCUGUCCCCUGUGCACAUCCUGCCCCCCCAGCCCUCUCCAGCUCUAGCCAGUCGCUACAUUGGGAUGGAGGCCCCGGCCCCCUCCCCCACUCCCUCCUCGGCCUGUAGUACCCCAUCGUCCUCAAGGCGUGUCCUGCCCCUCAGUCUCCCACGCUGCCACUCUCAGCCCUGUGAUCUACGUAAGCCCGGCCUGAAGCGACGCCAUGACCCAGACACGCUCCCCAACUACACCAGGCCCGGACUUGACUUCAGCAAGAUGACUCAGAUUCGCAGUGGGGAGCCCCUGGUGUGUGGAGCGGCCAUUUGCAUUGGUCUGGAACCUGUUUUAGGGGACUUCAGAGGAACCUUUUCACCUGCAGACCUCCUGGGAAGAACCAGCAUUGGACCGCUGAGUGAAAGUGAGGAGGAGGAAGAGAAAAUACCUAUGGGUGUGCUAGAGGCUGGACAGCAGAGUGUGUUUGAAAGAGACUGCACAGAACUGGACUUGAACCUCAUUGAGGAGAACUGAAAGAGGUCCCUGGUGCUCUCUGUGUGAUUGAUAUUCAUAAUCAUAUCCACAACACACACACACACACACUUUAUAUAAAUGUUUUCAAUGAAGGUAAAAUAAACAAAUGCACAUCCCUGGCUGAGCCCUCAGGAACCUGCUGCCUUCCUAGGGGCCACACCAGGGACCCUUCAUAUCACUGGCUGACUAGACUAAUAAGAAUCAAUAUUACCAUUAUUGUAAUGCUCAAGUAACUUUGACAACCUUGUGUUAUUCAGCAUUUUGGGACAAUGUAAUUCUGCGUGACCAUACUCUAUGCGUAAAUGUGUAUACCCAGAAACCCAAUGGUGAUAAAGGUUAAGAAAUGAUUAAUUCUGAAGGUACAAAAUAGGCACUUUUUAAUAAUCUGGAUAGUUGGUGUACGACUGAUAAAUACCAUUAUAAAAAUUAUGCAGUUAGAUUUCUGUGGACACUCCAGUUGCCGUUGUACAUUUCUGAAAGUAUGGUCAUUUGCGUUGCUGAUCGAAGGCCUCUGAAACUGUUACACAAGCAGAAGCCUGCACACACGUCUGUUUUCAUGGGUUUAUUACUACUACUUUCUGAUGCUUUUGAUUUGGCCCUGUGGAAUACCCACACCAGUAAAGGGAAACAGAGGGCUUUCCUCAGCUGGCGAAUGGAUCUUUACUGCUUCCUUUCCCCAUACUUCUUGGACAAUAAUGCAUUCAUUUGUUCUCCAAACCACUUAUCCAUCAUUGAAUGAAAUCAACAUUGUACAUUCAUCAUGCCUUAAGCUCACUAUAAAAAUAAGCUCUACAUUCUAUUUCUUUGGUCUCCAUUCUCUGUUUCCCACUAAUGAACAGAUCACACUUGCACUGUAAUAGGAUUUGAAUAAUUGACUCGAUGCUGCAGUUGGAUUCUAUAGGGCACAAUGUAAUAAUGUACUGUACAGUGGUAAGGUGGAAACCAUUUUGUGUGAGAAGAAACCAGUAGCGAUGCAAAGGAUUGGUGGCCUUUCGGAGAAAAUUUGUAUUGUAUGUUUUCAGAUGGAAGUUGUCCUCUUACACAAUUUGUGUACAAAUAAAGUUUAUUAGAGAAUAAUUUUGCAAGAAA